CGAUUAAUCAUCAUCAAUUCAAAAAUGAAAUUCGUAACAAUAGUUUUUGCAUUUGUAGUUUUAGCUACAAAUGUUUUGGCAUCACCAAAACCCGAUGGAUAUACGACCAAGUUCGACAACAUCAAUAUUGAUGAAUAUUUGAAUAAUCCAAUUUUAUUGAAAAAUAAUUGUAAUUGUCUUUUGGAUAAAGGAGCUUGUACGCCAGAAAUGGAAGAAUUGAAAAGUCAUUUACCUGAGGCUAUAGAAACUGGAUGUGCAAAAUGUUCAUCUAAACAGAAAGAAGUAGCAGAAAAAGUGAUGAAAAAUUUAGAAGAACAUCAUUUGGAAGAUUGCUACAAACCAUUAUUAGAAAAAUAUGAUUCAACUGGAGAAUAUCAAAAGAAAUAUGGAGCGUCCGGGGGUUAUUAGGGUAUAUGACGGCAGCAUCCAUAAUCCGAGACGUAUAAAAACCAGGGAAAAUAAUUCAAAAAAACAUUAACCCAUGACAAAAAAAAACUGAGAAAACGGUUUUCCUAACUGGAAAAAUGAAACCUUACAAAUUCGAUAAAAUAUGUCGGUUUACAUUGUAUGUCCUUGUCAUGUGUUAUUUUGGUUGGGGGUAAAUUAUUUUCUUUGGUUAGUUUUGUUCGGAUUAUUAUUAUUAGAUUAUAUAUAAUACGGUAAUUUUUGGCAGGUCAGUUUUGAUCGAGCAUCAUGUGGGGGGGGGGGGGGGUCUUUUUAG